GUGACUCACCGCCGACCUUCUCUUGUACUGCUACUUAAUUAGUAACGCUACAACUCACUCCCUCCUAAUUUGCAAUUAGGGUUUUCCAUUGCCCCCCUUUCCGUCAUUUUUUUUACACCGCUUACAUGAAGCGCGGGUUCGACGAUUUCGAAAUCUCCGACGAGGACUGGGAGGAGCACUCCUCCGCCUUCAAGCCCUCCCGCGUCCUCAAGAAGCCUCGCACCCCGACGCCGCGCCCAAUCGAGUCCUUCGCCUUCCGAUCAUCCCCCAAGCCCCAACAACUCUACGACGAAGAUGAAGACUCCGAUUGCGUCGAGAUUAAACCCGAACCGGAGGACGACGAUUCCGAUUGUGUCGUGAUUAAGGACGAAUUGGAGGACGACGACGCCGACGAGGUCCCGGAGGCUAGGACGGUCAAUCGUGGCCGUCGGUUCGUAGUCGAGGACGAGGAUAGCGAUGGGGAUUGGGCUAAUAUUGAGUCAACGAGUGAGGAAGAGGAGGAUGCGGUAGAGGAGUUGGAGGACGACGACGUGGUUGGGAAAGCUUUGCAGAAGUGUGCCAAAAUAUCGGCGGAUUUGAGAAAGGAGCUCCACGGGUCGUCGGCUCCGGCGGUGUCUGAUAGGUACGCCGAAGUGGAAGCUGCCUCUGUGAGGAUUGUCAAUCAGGAUGACAUUAUUGAGGCAUGUAGGUCUGAGGAUUCCAAUUUUCAACCGAUUCUCAAGCCAUACCAGUUGGUUGGUGUUAACUUUCUUCUUCUGCUGUAUCAGAAGGGUAUUGGCGGAGCCAUUUUGGCGGACGAGAUGGGUCUCGGGAAGACCAUUCAGGCUAUAACUUACUUGAUGUUAUUGAAACAUUUAAAUGAUGACCCGGGUCCACAUUUGAUUGUAUGCCCUGCUUCUGUUUUGGAAAAUUGGGAAAGAGAACUUAAAAAGUGGUGCCCGUCAUUCACUGUUCUCCAGUAUCAUGGUGCUGCAAGAUCGGCUUAUUCAAAAGAGUUGAACUCUUUGUCCAAAGCUGGAUUACCACCUCCUUUUAAUGUUAUUCUCGUGUGCUACUCACUAUUUGAAAGACACAGUGCACAGCAGAAAGAUGAUCGUAAAAUUCUGAAACGGUGGCAAUGGAGUUGUGUGCUUAUGGACGAGGCUCAUGCUUUGAAGGACAAAAAUAGCUACAGGUGGAAAAACCUAAUGUCUGUUGCACGAAGUGCAAACCAGCGUUUAAUGCUGACAGGGACACCUCUACAAAAUGAUUUACAUGAGCUUUGGUCUAUGCUGGAGUUUAUGAUGCCAGAUCUUUUCACUACAGAUGAUGUGGACUUGAAAAAGCUGUUAAGUGGUGAAGAUAGAGAUUUGAUUGGCCGCAUGAAAUCCAUAUUAGGACCCUUUAUUUUGAGACGCUUAAAAUCUGAUGUUAUGCAACAACUUGUUCCAAAAAUACAGCGGGUUGAGUAUGUUGUCAUGGAAAAGAAGCAAGAUGACGCCUAUAAAGAAGCCAUCGAGGAGUAUCGGGUAGCUUCACGAACUCGUAUUGCAAAAACCACAGAGGUUAACUCGAACAGUAUACUUAAGGUUCUUCCUCGGCGGCAGAUCUCUAACUAUUUCGUUCAGUUUCGUAAGAUUGCAAAUCAUCCUUUACUAGUAAGGCGUAUUUACAGUGAUGAGGAUGUGGUUCGUUUUGCCAGAAAGUUACAUCCAAUGGGUGCAUUUGGCUAUGAAUGUACCUUAGACAAAGUAAUUGGGGAACUUAAGAGUUAUAGUGACUUCUCUAUCCAUCGGCUUUUGCUGUGUUAUGGUGUCACUGAUAAGAAAGGAUUGCUUCCGGACAAAUAUGCAUUGCGUUCUGCAAAAUCUCAGGCAUUGGCUGAACUUCUUCCUUCACUGAAGCAAGCUGGGCAUCGUGUGUUGAUUUUCAGCCAGUGGACGUCAAUGCUUGAUAUUUUGGAGUGGACUUUGGAUGUGAUAGGUGUUACAUACAGACGACUUGAUGGAAGCACUCAGGUGACGGAAAGACAGACGAUAGUUGAUACAUUCAAUAAUGAUACUUCUAUAUUUGCAUGCUUGCUGUCCACAAGAGCUGGAGGCCAGGGCUUGAACUUAGUUGGAGCUGAUACCGUAGUCAUACAUGAUAUGGAUUUCAACCCGCAAAUUGACCGACAGGCUGAAGAUCGUUGUCAUCGCAUUGGCCAAGUGAAGCCUGUUACCAUAUACAGGCUUGUGACUAAGGGUACAGUUGAUGAAAAUGUCUACGAGAUUGCGAAAAGGAAGUUAGUGCUAGAUGCUGCAGUCCUGGAAUCUGGCGUGGAGAUGGAUAAUGAAGGUGACACAUCCACCAUGGGAGAGAUAUUAUCCAAACUUUUGCUCGGUUAAGAUUUUAGAAAACUUAACAGUCGAUCUGCGGAUUGAGAAACUGCAACAGAAACCUUUUGUAAUUUAGUUUUUGUAUUUUUCUAUUCACAUUGUAACAUUGUAAGAGGUCCAUUGUUGUAUUGGAUAGGGAUUUGAAGAAAAACCAUACGUAGUUGUAGGCCGGUAUGCUAUACGGGUGUAAGGCUCAAAUAUUAUUCUGGCAGUUAAAGUUAUCGUCAAUAAAACGACGAUGGUUACCAAGUUUUAACUUGGAA